AAAAUUAUCUUUCACGAGAUCUUCUUAGGCGGAGAUAAGCGUUAAAGUAUAGGGAUUGAUCUUUUCGCUCCUGGGCGACUACUAUGUGAAUAUUAAUGCUAUUGGGGGGUUUCAUUUGUCUGUGUGGAUAUGAUUGUCAGACGGACAUGGCGACGAUGAGCCUUAUGGACGCUCCUUGCAAGAUUAUUCUCGGGGUGUCCCGACUUCCGAGCUGUCACCUAGCAGCUGCACAUUGUACUCUUGCUGGUAGACGCAAAAUACCCCUGGAAAAACGCACCGCUGACUGUCGACUAAGAAAUUCAAGAAGGUAUAAGCAUCAUAGAAGGAAAGCAAAAGCAAAUAGAUUUCCUGGCACGAGAAAAGGAAAAGGUGGAGGAGCAGCACCAACUGGAAGUUCAGUGCCAUCAUCUCGUCCUCCCUUAGGGUUAAAUAGCACAAAUAAUUCAGAAGGUGAUGGAAUAAGAAAAUUUUCAAAUACAGCGGUUCACGAUAGAACAAUGGACGAAACAUAUGUCGCUAAAUAUAACUAUAGUUCCACUCGUCAAGACGAACUCAGUCUUAUCAAGGGAAUGAGUGUAAUCGUAAUUUCAAAAGAAAACGAUGGUUGGUGGCAAGGUAAAAAUACGGAUGGUGAUGUUGGUUGGUUCCCUUCGAACUAUGUUGAAGAGAGUAUGGAGCCUAGCGGUGGGGACAUGCAUAAUAAUCAUGUAUCAGGAAACACAGUUGUAAGUGCUGCAAAACCAGUAUUAGAAGUUGCCAGAGCCCUUUAUCCUUUCAAUUCUGGUAAUGAUGAAGAGCUGCCCUUCGAAGCAGGAGAUAUGUUUGACAUCAUAAGCAAACCAGAAAGUGAUCCGGAAUGGUACGAGGCGCGAAAUGCUGAAGGUCGAACUGGUCUCGUACCGCGGAAUUAUAUUGAAGCUGUUCCUGGUGCUCCUUCUGUCUUUUUACCAGAAGUAACUAAUUAUGAUGACGUUUCACAAGACCUAUCAUCUGGGAAUUCUCCUUCUGUGAAUGCUGGUAAUGGUGAUGGCUCAUAUAACAUGUCUGCAAAACCGUGGUACUUUGGAUCAGUGCGACGAGCUGUAGCCGAAAGUAUGCUUCAUCGUGCCGGCAAUUCUGAAUUUAUUGUUCGAGAUAGCGAAUCAACAGUCGGGGAUCUUUCAGUAUCAAUGAAAGCACCAGACAGAAUCAAACAUUUUAAAGUGUCACUAAGAAGUGGGAAAUACUGCAUAGGACAAAGAAAGUUUGAUUCCGUUGACGAAUUAAUUGAACACUACAGAAAAGCACCUAUUUAUACUGCGCCUGAUAUUGGAAAAAUAUAUCUUGGCCAACCAUUGCCAAGAUGAUUGUUCUCUGUAAUUUGUCAUCAGAAUAAUUCCUAUUGAAAAUAGGAUUCACGAAAUAAAGUUCAGUGUUGUUCACCAUAAGAUUCAAGAACAAAUACUUGAUAAUCUGCAUUGUAGAAGAUGAAUUUUUGCAUUGUCAAUUCUGAAAGUUGUUUACCUGAAUUAGCAUACAUACACUUCCUUGAGAAUUUCACCAGAGAGGGUGUGAAUGGUUUUAUCUCUAAUAUAAAUAAAAUGAAUUCUUGCCAUAAUAACUUAGUUGAGUAGAGGAUUAUUCAUGUCACGACAAACAUUGCUGGUAGUAUUAUAAGGGUUUUAUACAAAAUUUACAGUACAGGAAGAAUUUUAUCCACCUAUCAUUCUGGUGUCUCUUAAAAUCAUCCAACACUGAGAAUGGAAAGAAAUUUCAAACUCGGAGACUAUCAAACGCAUUGGACUGUUAACAACUUGAAGCGAGUGUUCUCAGAUCUCCUGGUUUAUUGAAUUCUUAGCUUUGCAGAUGCAGGCCAUGGGCGAAAUAUACUUAAUGCUAGAAUACACAUACUGUUUUGAUUCAAUUCACAUAAGUCAUACCACUGCACUUUAGUUUUAACAUGUUGGUAUGUACGCGCUGCGCGAAAUUCACCUAAAAAUCUGUAGUAAGUAUAAUGAAACAAGUCCAGCCAUUUACUUAUUCUAUCUGGAAUAUGUGGAUAUGAUUUUGUAUAGUCUCGUAUUGGUAAAUCCUGAUCCAUGAUUUGUUCGACAAAGUGAAAAAAAAAAUAGCCAUGGAGGUUGAUGUUUUGGCGUGGGUAAAAAUCUAAUUAUUUCGGCCUUGCUUGCUUCCUAUUAUAUAUGUAGUUAUUAAUCAGAUUACUGCCUGUUGUGCAAAGAAUUUCACCACAGAGUUUUAUUCCUCCCUUUAGAAAAAUAGAAAAAAUGUUUACAGUAGACUAUACCUCAGCUCUUUGCUCUUUCUUGAAAAACAAUUAUGUAUGACUGGUAUGAUUUCCAGCAAAGUUUCGAAAUAAUACUCAAUUGUAUUCAUAUUGAACUAAAUGAUUAUGAUAAUCUAUGGAUAUCCAAGGUCUGUGUAAUAAAUGGAAAAUUUUGUGUCUGGUGCCAUUUUACGCUUUUCGUUUUUAUCAUAUCACAUAUUAUUAUGACUAAUACUAUGUAUUCUAAUUGAGCACCAACAAUGCCUAAUUUCACUAAAUUCUGUACUUCAAAUUCAUGCUAUCAGAUGAUGGUAUGCUUGACCUCUGCUGUUGCCAAUUUGUUGUAGAACCUCAAAUCUUGGAUGAUAAAUUUUUCGUCCUUGCCAAGUGAACUGGAGUAUGCUGAGUAAGCAUAUGAAUGAGUGGAAAUUGGCUCCAUUCAAUUAUUAGGUUCUCCACUUUUUCUCGUUGACCAAUAAGUAUGGUUUUGUUUUGUUGCAUACAAGAAUUUUCACAUAUUUACAAAAAUAUUCUUCCACUCUGCAAUUUUCAAACAGAUAUAUAUAUACUUAUGACAUACUGAUAGUUUCCAUAUUACAAGAGCUAUUUAGUAAAUUACAUUAUGGAAUGGAAGUCACCUCCAAAAUCUUGUGUGAUUUUGUCUGUUUGAAUGCUGAUAGCAAUGAUGCCUCAAUUGCAUUAUUGGCCAUUUGUUUUUAGCUAUAUUUGACUAGAGUCAUUGUUGAAUACUUGCCUGCAAAGCUAUUUCAUAACUAAAGUCAAGCUAAACUGUUCUGAAUUUCCAAAUAACAUGAUAUAUCUUGGAUGCCAUUAUCCCCUUACCGACACUGCAGUUUAUUAUUUGAAUUAUGUACUAUUUUUUUGUAUUUCCAAUGAAAUUAUAAGCGUGUUUUGCACACGGCUGCUAUGUUUUGAGUUUCCAUGUUUAACGCAAUGUAAUUUUUUGUAAAUAAAUAUAAGGAUUAUUAUUCGUAGCAGAA